UCCCUAUGUAGUAGGUACUAGUGAGUUUUCAAGGUUUUUAGAUUUAAAAAGGUGAACCCUACAAUAACCUUGUACUUACAGGACCAUGUGCCUGCUGCUCAAUGGUCUGUGGGCCACAGGUUGGACAAACCUGUUUUAAAAGGUGUUUAAAGUAGCAGCAGAAGAUUUAUCAGAGUCUGGCAACUCUCAUAAAGCUGCAGUCAUGGUGCCUAAAGCACAAAAGAAAGGAGUUACCUUUGCAUCUAAAGACAUACAUAGCAGUAUGGAAGUCAGGAGUAAGAAUAUUAAGAAAAAUGUGAAUAAGAAAGCUAAAAAAGGCAUUUUAAAGAAUGGAUUACCCAAAAAGAAUGGGUUUGCUGUAAGUGGAGUGACUAAAGGAAAAGGCAAAAAACACCAUAAGAAAUAUGAUGAAAUAGAGGAUGCAACAGAAAGUGUGGAUAGUUUGGAUAGUGGUUUUGUUGCAGACAACAACUCUGAUACUUCAUUGUCAUCUGCAAAUUGGACGAAGGUAGAAUCUGACUAUCUUGGGGAGAGCCGGCAUGUAUCAGACAUUUUAGACUGGCAUCCAGAUAUCUUAUCUGGCCCUAAACGUGGAAAUGAUGACGAAGAGGUUGAGAAUUUGGAACUGAAGAGUACCAAGAAAGAUGCUAAAAAGGAGAAAAAAGCUAAGGAUGUUGCAAGUAAGAAAAGCAGCGAAGCUAAAGUUGAAAAGAAAAGCAAGACAGAACAGACUAAGAAACAGGAAGAGACUGCGAAUGUGGAAGAUGAUGACAAGCUUGAAAUGAUAAAGGAAGAAGAAACUGAAGAAAAAAGUGAUGAUGCUAAAGAAGGUAAAUCAGGUCAGGAGAGGAGGUGGUUUGACGAUGAACCAAAACUUAAAAAGAAAUUGUGCACAAAAGCUAAAUCUGUGGUGGAAUUAGAAAACUUGAAGGAAGAUUACCAGGAGAAACUUGCCAUUUUAAAACAAAAGAGAAAGAAAGGUGUAUUAGAUUACAUAGAAGAAAGGCAAGAAAAGAAGCUACAGAAGAAAAUUACGGUUAUUGAAAGAAGAAAAGAGAAAAUGGCCAAGAAGAAAAAAUCAUUCCGGGCUGACCUCGGCCAACUAGAAGAGAUGAAGAAGAAGGCUAAAGAAGAACGCAAAGCCGAACUGAAAGCAAGAAAAGCUUAUUACAAUAUCCACGGGAAGCUCGUUUACAGUAAAUUUGACUUCUCGGAGCACACCCCCAUACUGCAGGGCGUGGAGACAAAGUUGAGGCCAGAGGACCUGAAAGUGAUGCUGGCCAAGACUCUGAAGGAGAAGGAAAAGAGAAAAGAGUUGGAGCAGAAAGGUGCUGGUGAUGUGGCAGCCAAAAGAAUGGAGGAAGCAGCUUGGAGUUCGGCAAUGCAGAAGGCGGAAGGGAAAAAAGUUCGAGAUGAUGUAGAUUUAUUAAAGAAAUCAAUCAAGCUAAAAGAAAAGAGAAAGAAGACGAGUUCAAAGAAGUGGGAACAUCGCAAGGAGAUGGUACAGAAGAGACAAGAGGAGAAACAAGCAAGAAGAAAGAGAAAUAUAAAAGCACAGAAAGAGAGAAGACUUAACAAGAAGAUGGAAAAAAUGAAAUCUAAAGGUCACAUAGUACCAGGCUUUUAAUAGAGAGAGAAAGAAAAAAAGAAAAGGGAAAAAAAAAAAUAUGAAAAAAAAAAUGUUUAAGGGAAUUGUGGCUAAGUUAAUUUGCCUUGCAUGUUUCGUUCACCUUCACCAAGAUUGGUGUAUGUAUAUGGAGCAAGGGAGUGAGAGUGAGAGCGAGUGAGUCUGUGAAGCUUGUGAAUGAAACAUUUUGCAGGACUUCUCCAAGGCUUGUGACUUCUGAAGUUCCCCGUACGGUUUUCUUUUUAUUUCAAAAGGACAUGUUGCCUACUUAUGUAAACUAAUCAUCUGGAAUUUUUUUUGUUUUACAUGAAUGUUCUUAACCAUUUUUUGUUAUAUGAAGUUGCUUUUAUUUUAGAAUAAAAGAUUGGUAUGUUUCUAUUGGUGAUUUCGGAUUGAGGUUAAAUAUGCAAAAGACGUUUCAUAUACCCUAGACCUUUCCUGACGAUAAUGCAGAUAGUGUUGAUAUUACUCAUUGAAUUACAUGUAUUUAGAAAUAAGUAAAAUGUUAUUACUAUGUUAUUGUCGUUAAUUUUAGUUAUAAUUAUUAUUAUUUUUUGUUAUUAUUAUUAUUAUUAUUAUUGUUACUACUACUAUUAAUUUGAAUUAGUUUUUUUUUUUUCUUUCUUUUUCUUCUGAAAUAUACACAAGCUUAAGUUAGGCUACAUACAUAAUCAAAUAGUGUCAAGAAUGUUGGAUGAAAGAAUACAAUAUUUAGUGUGGUGGAAUAUUUUACCAUUAUACAUUACAACUUUUUGGUUGCCUACAAGAGUGUGCAAUGAUCUUGGUGAAUGUAGUGGCAUAACUGCUAGGUAUAUAUAUAAAUAUAUACUA